AUGGCCCUAAAUCUGGACGAUUUGUUGCUGCGGUUACUGAGUGUGGGCAAAGACCCGGACAAAAGCGGAUUGACCAGAGUCGUUUUCCCGGACGAAAUCGUCAGUAUAUGUAGUAAGUCUAUCGAUUUUUGUACAAAAAAGCAAGAACUUUCAUUACAGAACAAAAAAUUGCAAGAACUUUCUUUACAAACUAAAAAAAUAGCAAGAACUUUCUUUACAAAACACAAAAUAGCAAAAACUUUCUUUACAAAACAUAAAAUGGCAAGAACUUUCUUUACAAUGUAAAAAAUAGCAAGAACAUUCUUUACAAAACAUAAAAUUGGCAAGAACUUUCUUUACAAAACAUAAAACGCAAUAACUUUCUUUCCAAACCCCCACUUUUCAGUCAAAGCCAGAGAAGUGUUUCUGAGCCAGGAAUCGAUGGUCGAAGUGGACCCACCAGUGAAGAUUUGCGGCGAUACUCACGGCCAAUACUCGGACGUGCUGCGGUUGUUCAACCGUGGCGGCUUCCCACCACUUUCAAACUACCUCUUCCUGGGCGACUACGUGGACCGUGGACGUCAGAAUCUGGAGACAAUCCUCCUUCUGUUCACUUAUAAGAUCAAGUACCCAAACAACUUCUUUUUGCUUCGAGGCAAUCACGAAUGCUCCAAUAUCAACAAGACGUAUGGUGGGGUAUUUAUUUAUUUUUUAUUUUUUUUUUCAAAAAAUUAAAUUUUUUAAAAAAUUUUAAAAUCCACAUAUAUUUUCCCAAAAACUUCAAAAAUAUCACCCACGGCCUUCAAAUCUACCCAAUCAACCCGCACUAUCCAAAAACCCGCAAAAAAACACGUUUAAAUUUCCAUUGCACCGUGCAAAACAAAUUCCUUUCUUUUUUCACUGCACUGUGCAACAAAUUCCCUUCUUCUUCACUGCACUGUGCAAUCAAAUAAAGAAAAACAGAGAGCGAGCGGUAUGAAGAGACAAAGCAGAGAAAGAGAUCGUUUGCGAACGUGCGGAAAAGGAUUGCGCAACAGAUCCUUGGGAAUCUGGAGAAGUGAGAGAGCGCUGCGAUAUGAGAAUGUUGUUAGAGAAGGCCAGAGAAAAACAAAACUGGCCUGAUUUUUGAGAUUUUGAGGGCCUCAAAUUUGUCAAAAAUCCUUUGAUCAUGGAGAAUAUUUGUGUGAUUGAAGAGUAAUAUAUAGUUUUACGUCGAUCGGGCUACAAAUUUGUGCUUUGACAUUAAUUUUUUAGGUAAUAAAAUAUAUUUUCCUUCGUUUUAGGCUUGAAAUUCUUUGUUUUGGUAAUUUUAGGCUAAAACAAGGAGAAAAGGCCUUAAAUCUCUACGUUUUGAUAACUUUUAGGUAGCAAUCUGUUUUUUUUAUUUUAGGUUUAAUUUUUGAUUAUUUUGAAGUUUAGGCAACAAAAUGGCUUUUCUUUGAUCUUAGACUUUCGUUUUAUAAUUUUUGGCUAUACAACGUUUUCCUUUGCAUUCUUCUGUGGUUUUAGGCUUAAGUUUUGUUUAUUUUGAUAAUUUAGGUAAUAAACACCAUUUUCUUUGAUCUUAGGCUAAAGUUUCGCAAUUUUUAGAUAACAAAAAUUAGUUCCUUUCGUUUUAGGCUUAACUUUUGCUAUUUUCAUUAAUUUUAGGUAACAAAACCAAUAUUUCCUAUGCUUUAUUUUUUAAAGAUAAAAAAUGUUUUUAAAAUUUCGUAUUUUAGGUUUCGCAGAAGAAUGCACGAGGCGAUAUCAAUCGAAUGGCGGCCGGAUCUGGCAGUCGUUCCAAGACACGUUUUCGGUAAUGCCAUUAACAGGACUGGUCGGAGAGCGGAUCCUGUGCAUGCACGGUGGAAUUUCGCCAUUGUUGAAGUCACUUCAGCAGCUACGUGAUGUAAAGCGACCAACCGACGCGCUUGGCCCCACCUUGGAAAUGGACUUGUUGUGGGCGGAUCCAGUUGCUGGUAAGGAUUUAUUUUACCUUUUUUUCGGUUUUUAGGUAAUAAUGAAGGGCUUUGUUGGUUUGUUUGAAUGGAAAGUGCAAGAACUUUGUUUAUAAAACAAAUUAUGGCGAUAACUUUCUUUACAAAAGAAGAAAUGGCAAGAACUUUCUUUACAAACCAAAAUAUGGCAAGAACUUUCGUUACAAGCCAAAAAUACUUUAUUUUAGGCAUAAGCGGCUUCCAAGGGAACAUGCGCGGAGCAUCGUACGGCUUCGGAUCGGACGUACUCGGCAAGUUGUGCCAAGAGCUGGAUAUUGACAUGGUAGCACGAGCACAUCAAGUAGUUCAAGAUGGAUAUGAGUUUUUUGGAAAAAGGAAAUUGGUAACAAUUUUCUCGGCUCCAUAUUAUUGUGGACAGUUCGAUAAUGCAGCUGCGAUGAUGGUCGUGGAUGCUGGUUUAAUGUGCUCAUUUCAGGUAAAUUUGAAAAAUUGAAGUUUUAAAAAUUAAAAUUAAAAAUUUUUUUUUUGGUUUGUAGGUAUCUUUCAGUAUCUAAUUUGUCAUUUGUUCAUUUUAUAAGUUCGAAAAUGGCAUUAGAAAGAUGAGCUGCACCGUGCAAAGUCAAUAUAGUGAUUGGACAGUGCAAAAAUUUGUAAUAGACUUAAAAUAUGGUUAAGAUUUUGGGAAAAACAAAUUUUUAAGAAAUAUGAAUUUUUACUGCUAUUUUUUAAAUGCGAUUUAAAAAAGUGAAAUUAUUUUAAAAGCAAUUUCAUUUUUAUGGCAAUUCAAUAAUUUUGCACUGUGCAAUCAAAAAAUUUCCUUGCACAGUGCAAAAAUAACAGGUUUUUAGUUUUUUAGGCCUAAAUAUGAUAUGAAAGAGUCAUUAUAGACUAUUUUAAAACUUUUUAGGUUUUGUAAGGGUGGGUUUUUAUUAUUUUUAAAAAUUAUUUCUUUUUCAGAUUCUCCGUCCAGCCAUUGGUCGCACCAGCGCGCGACCAGUCCGCACAACAUUGGGAAAGGAUUGA